AUGGUUCUGGGAAUGGAUUCAUUAAUCCGGAUUGGGAGGAGGAUCUAUAACUAUAAGCAUACAAUUGGUAAUCGGUCAUCGGCUCGAGUUUCCGACGAUGAUCGGAGCAAGCGUUGCCAUUCUCCUGCUCGUCAACUUCCCCGGCUUAUGCUCCGCUCCACUAGUCGAAAACUCAACAAUACACAUCGUAAAGAUCAUUGUUUUCUCAGUCUAAGCGACGAAAAGAUUUACAAACUAUCGAGUCCCUCUUGUAAUAACGACUGUGUUGGGUCGAUCGAGGGUUGGUUAAUCGUGGUUGAUCAUGAAUUCGUCCAGCCGGCCGAGGGUUUCAGAUCAUUCCAGUCAUUGAAUAACGAGAGCCGUAGUUCUUUUGGUGCUAUCUACUUCUUGAAUCCGACAUCACGCGAACGAGUUAGAGUUAUGCUUCCAUCGCAAUUCAACUUUCCUUGCGGCAAGGGCAACCAACAGUCCUUCAAGUUCAAGAAAAUAGUAGCCUCUUCAGCACCAACGAGCCCGCAUUGUGUUGUGGCAGGACUUUGUUCGCAAGACUUUGACGACCAAAAAAAGGAAAAAAGACUUUGUUCACAAGGCCGUUUGGCAAUUUGUAGGCCUACUGAUAUGUCAUGGACUCUAAUUGAAGGUUGGGAUGUCCGAGGGCUCGACUUUUGCGACAUAGAAAUAAUUGACGGGAAAUUAUACGCGGCAACAAGAGAGGCAUCGGAGUUUAUCAUGGCGUUUGACAUCGAAGAUGCCAUGAAAAACGUUGGUCAUCCUAACUAUGCUGUUGAAAAUUUGGUUAUGCGUAAGCCCGGGCCAAUUCCUUUACAAAUUACCACAAGGGACGAUGGAGAAAUCAGAGACGACGUUUACCUAGCAAAAGAUGCUGCAUCGAAGGAGCUGUUCAUGAUUUUCCGCGGUAAUAGCUUUGUUCGUGAGAAGGAUUCGAUAAUCUGUUGGUCGGACAUCAAGGGUUGUGACAAUUUCGUUAUUCCGCCGGAGACUUUUGGAUUUCAAGUGUUCAGGUUGGAGUGUGCUGGUAAUGGUCAUGAAUGGGUGAUAGUUUCGGACCUUGGCGAUCGAAUAUUGUUUGUGAGCAAGGCUAGCAACAUGUUCCUCUCUGCAACCGAUACUGUUUGCGAGAAGACACUUGAGAGAAACUGCAUUUGUUUUGCGUUCGAUAAUUUCUGCUCGAGUUCACCGUCGAGGGGGCGCGAUAUUGGGGUGUUUUCGUUGACAAACAAGAGCAUCAUGAACUUCAACUGCCUCAAGGAUUUACGUGGAGAAUUAGACGCUCCACCUAUAUGGUUCACAUCAAAUAAUUGA